UCCCCCUUUUCCCGCCCUGCCGCCACCUGCAGCUCCGGCUUCCUCCGCCUGGCGUAACUAAGUCUUGCCAUACCUGGCGAGGCCACGUCAGGGGCUCCCGCUCCUUGUGUUCCCGCCACGGCCGGCCGCUCGGAUCCUUCCGCACCAUGAUCUCCGCUCGAGGCGGGGGCUCCAUGCCUCCGCCACCCAACGCCACUGCCUAUUACCCCCCGCCACGCGUGAAUCUCCCCUCCGGCGUGGAAAUCCUGCGCACUUACUCGGGGGCCUUCAUCUGCUUGGAGAUCCUUUUUGGAGCACUUGUAUGGAUACUAGUAGCUGCUACAAAAGUUCCUUUGCCUCUGCUACAAGGCUGGGUAAUGUUUGUAUCUGUGACGGCCUGUUUCACCUCCCUCUCCUUCCUUUCGGUCUUCCUCUUCAGUUAUCGAGAGAGAAUUGCCAUCGACUGGAACCGUUUGGAUUUCCUUUACCACGCAGCCGUCUUUGUCUUCUACUUUGGGACCUUCUUACUGCAAACUGCAACAACAUCUUUGCACAGUCACCCACUAAAGACCACCAAUCUCGUCUCAAGCAACACCACCCAUGGAGCACUUCUAGAUAGCCAUGAAUAUAAUUUAAGCAUAGCAGCUGCGAUUUUUUCCUUUGUAACAACGGUGUGUUAUGGAUGCAGCACCACCCUGGCUUUAAGAAGAUGGAAAUUAUAGCAUCGGAAAGAGGCCACCAGCUCCGCUACAUCCUAGCUGAUUUUGCUCAACUCUCAAACAGAGUCCAACGUGUCCCAUCAAAUAGGAGUGGCGUUCAAAAGGAUGUUUUGGAAUACUUCUGUUGUUUUCUAAAGCACUGAGACGAACACACCCAACCCAUGCCAUAAGUACAGUAUAUACACUCUCAGGGGUGGUGGUGGGGAAAAUCUGUGUUUAUGUUGAGAUUGUACCGCAGCUGCUAUCUCGGUUCAGCAGCACCAUUCCCAUGUCCCCAAAAGUGGGUGUAGUAUUAAGAAGCAAGGUUUUAGGAACAGAAGGGAUUAUUAUCAGUUUGGGAUGCAACAAAAUUCCUAGCUUGACAAGAGGCAGACAAUAGCAAUAGUGGCCUUUGUGUAUAUAUAUUUAUAUUCUUUCUUCAGUGAGAAUAAGGUAGAAAUUUCUGUUAAAACACCAACAACUUUCAUCCUCGUUUUCAGAUGAAAUAUUUUGUUUUCUUCCCCACACAAUGUUUCUGAAAUACCUCUCUACCAACAGCAUGGAGGGCCCCAAAAUAUCAUCCAUUGCUCCACAGAAUUUUCUCAGUGACCUACAUUUUUCUCCUUCUUUCCUUCCCCAGGUUCUUUCUCUGUUGUAAUGUUUUAGGUAUGUCAGCUGUGCAUGAAACAUAUUGUGCUGGGCAGAGGUGGGUUUCAGCAGGUUCUGACCAGUUCUGGAGAACUGGUAGCAGAAAUUUUGAGUAGUUCGGAGAACCGGUAGCAAAAAUUCUGACUGGCCCUGCCCCCAUCUAUGGGUGCACUAUUCUUCCCCUGCCAUGCCCACCAAGCCAUACCACGCCCACCAAGCCACACCCACAGAACCAGUAGUAAAAAUGUUUGAAUCUCACCACUGGUGCUGGGACAGUUUCCACUCAGCCAAUGUUUUCAGUUGCUAGGUUGAUCUUCCCAAGAACAUUGUGUCUAUUAAUUUACAACCUGCCCCUCCCUCAUCCCACAGUAUUAUAAUACUAUCUUUAGCAGACAAUUGAAUGUUGGUGCUGUGAUGGUUAUAGGAGAAAUAAAAGCUUUUAGCAAAUGUGCAAUAUAUCGCAUACAUGCAAUCAAGAAAGACAAUGAUGAUCAUCUCCGUUUCUUGGACAAGGGAGCCAGCAUUGUCUGAAGACAAUUUCUGUGGUCAUGCGGCCAGCAUGGCUAUACACCAAAGUGCACAGAGCUCUGUUAUUUUCCCACCAAAGUGGUACCUAUUUAUCUACUUGCAUUUGCAUGCUUUCGAAGGAGCUGGAGCAAGUAACAGGAGCUCACCCCAUUGGGUGACACUUGGGACUUGAACCCAGGCUGUACUUUGUAUUGCUGGUUUUUUUUAGCUGAAAAAACCAUGCUUUACGGUCCACCAUGCCCAGCUGUCUAAUUUCAGCAGGAUUGACAUGGACUGCCAAAUUUCAGGAUUUAAUUAUCCCUUCCAUCAGCCUUCCAUCCUUCCGAGGUGGGUAAAAUGAGGACCCAGAUUGUUGGGGGCAAGAGGCUGACUCUGUAAACCACUUAGAGAGGGCUGUAAAAGCACUAUGAAGCGGUACAUAAGUCUAAGUGCUAUUGCUAUUGCUAUACCUUCCUAGGCCCAAAAGGUGGUGAGUUCGGUUCUCAGAAUUAUUCACAAGUACCAGAUUGCAACCUCUGAAUCUUAGGCCAGACUAUAAUAGUAUUAUUUUUAAGUGCAAGAAAUAUAUUAUUUUAUUCUUAAAAUAAGAACACAUGCACACAAUUUAUUUUUAAUUCCUAAAAUUCCUAAUUUAGGAAAAUAAACAAGGAUGUUUCUCUUAGGUUUUCCAUUUUUCCUUAUAAUUUUGACCUUACCCAUUCCCCAUGCACUACCUAGCACAUGUUUAUCUUUCAAGAAUUGCAGCCCUGUGAAUUGGGAGAUUACCAGAAUUCUGGUAAUCCAAAAUAGAAUUCCUGUUUGGGUUGUUAAAUCUUACUAGCAUUGCACAAUAGAUUAAUACUCCUAUAAGUUUUAUGCUGAUACUCAUACAAGCCAGGUCACACAAGGAUCCUGAACUAUCAACAGAAGUGGAACCUUUUACAAAUACUGUGUUGUGUCUCUGUUGAAAGAAUAAUUUGCAGCAGGAGAAAAUAUUUCAUGUGUUUAGGUUCUGCCUAACCAGAAUCUAGUUGUAGCUUUGCUAGAAAACGAUGUUUUCAUAAAAGAUAGUUGUGGCUUUAAAAUAUAUAUAUAUAUAUCCAUGAGUGAAAUGACAAACUAAUGUCACAAUUCAUUUUCCAUUGGUGUAGUAAACCUGAGAAAUGUUGUGGUCAUGUAUUUGAAGUUAUGUGCCUAUAUUCAAGGGAAACAUGUUUUAUUCAAGAACAGUUUUUAUCUAAAAAUUUGCUAGUGGGGCAAGUUAAAAGAAUUAGAUGGACUGGCGACUCUAUGCGUACUCCAUUGAUACAAAUUUUGCUUGUACAAAUAUUAAUCUGCAGUCCCAUUUCCCAUAACUGGGAAGCAAAAGAGAGCCAGCCUUCCUUCCUUCUAUCCUUCUCUCCCUCCCUCCCUUUUCUAAUUUAUCAUAUAAACUCAUUUAUUUAUCAGCUUUAGAUGUAGAAGCCAAAGAAGCUUCUUGUUUUUAUUUUAGCAAAACGACUAAUAUUUUAGAAUGUUUCCAAUACAUUCGUUUCUGCUUAUGAAAAUGUUUGUGCUUAAUUGUUCUGGAAAUUUCUUGGCUCCCUCUGAACAUUAGUGCUUUCACAAUUUUAUAUUUGAAGUUGUACGCUCUGUUUCAUUUUUCACCCUUCAGGUUCUGGGGAAAGAUCAUACAAUUAGAUUAUUGUAUUGUUUGAUGCCUCUCAUAUCCCACAUUUUGUGUUACAUUACUGUAAAUUGCAAUCGGGUAGAAAUCAAACGUGAACCAGAGAAAGAGCACUUAAUGGCAGAUCAGGUUAUUUAAUUGGAUGCAUGUUGCUUGCAGUCUGGUUAUGGAAGAUGGGUUCAGAUUCAAGUCACAAAGUGGUUUUAAUGUGUUGUUUUUCCUAUUGCAAAUAUAUGACUGCUAUUAAAGGGGAAUACAUUUGACAGUUGAA